AUGAGUUUGCAGUGUCACAGAUUGGAGACUGACAAAAAAAAUCUAAGAAAAUGUAUUAGGUAUGUUUCAUUAAUAUUUCUCUCUCUCUUUUUUGUAGGGAUGCCCUCUGCAUCUGUUUUAGUAAAUCUUCUUUCAGUUUUACUCAUCCCUUCUGUGUUUGGAGAAACAGAAAUAAGGUUUGCUGGACAAACAGAAUUUGUCGUUAAUGAAACAAGUACAACAGUUAUUCGUCUUGUCAUCGAGAGGGUAGGAGAGCCGGCAAAUGUUACAGCAAUCGUAUCGCUGUAUGGAGAAGACACUGGUGACUUUUUUGACACGUAUGCUGCAGCUUUUAUACCUGCUGGAGAAACUAAUCGGACAGUGUACAUAGCGGUCUGUGAUGAUGACCUACCUGAGCCCGAUGAAACCUUUACUUUUCACUUAACAUUACAGAAACCUUCAACAAAUGUGAAACUGGGAUGGCCAAGGACCGUUACUGUGACAAUAUUAUCAAAUGACAACGCAUUUGGAAUUAUUUCAUUUAACAUGCCUUCCUCAAUUACAGUGAGUGAACCCAGGGGCAGAAAUGAAUCUGUGCCUCUUACUCUCAUCAGGGAAAAGGGAACCUAUGGAAUGGUCACUGUGACUUUUGAGGUAGAGGAUGGGCCAAAUCCCCCUGAAGAAGAUUUGAGUCCAGUUAAAGGAAAUAUCACCUUUCCCCCUGGCAGAGCAACUGUCGUAUAUAAUUUGACAGUACUUGAUGAUGAGAUACCAGAAAAUGAUGAAAUAUUUUUGAUUCAACUAAAAAAUGUAGAAGGAGGGGCUGAGAUCAACACUUCUAGAAAUUCCAUUGAAGUCAUCAUUAAAAAAAAUGAUAGUCCUGUGAGAUUCGUUCAGAGUGUUUAUUUGGUUCCAGAGGAAGACCAUAUACUUCUAAUUCCAGUGGUUCGUGGAAAGGACCACAAUGGAAAUCCGAUUGGAUCAGAUGAAUAUGAAGUUUCCAUUGGUUAUGCUGUUAUCACUGGGAACUCAACAGCGCAUGCCCAGCAAAACGUAGACUUCAUUGAUCUCCAGCCAAAUGCAACUAUUGUUUUUCCACCUUUUAUUCAUGAAUCUCACCUGAAAUUUCAAAUAGUUGAUGACACCAUACCAGAGAUUGCAGAAUCAUUUCACAUUAUGUUACUGAAAGAUACCUUACAGGGAGAUGCCGUACUGACUGCACCUGCUACUGUGCAAGUCACCAUUAAGCCAAAUGACAAACCUUAUGGGGUCCUCUCAUUCAAUAGUAUCUUGUUUGAAAGGACAGUUAUCAUCGAUGAAGAUACAGUAUCGAGAUUUGAAGAAAUUACCGUGGUUAGAAAUGGCGGCACCCACGGGAAUGUUUCUGUGAACUGGGUGCUGACCCGAAACAGCAGUGAUCCCUCACCAGUAACAGCAGAUAUCAGACCAAGUUCUGGAGUUCUCCAUUUUGCCCAAGGGCAGAUGCUGACAUCAAUUCCUCUGACCGUUGUUAAUGAUGAUCUUCCAGAAGAGGCAGAAGCUUAUCUGCUUCAAAUUCUACCUCAUACGAUUCGAGGAGGUGCAGAAGUGAGCGAACCUGCAGAGCUUUUGUUUUACAUUCAGGAUAGUGAUGAUGUUUAUGGCCUAAUAACAUUUUUUCCUAUGGAAAACCAGAAGAUUGAAAGCAGCCCAGGUGAACGAUAUUUAUCCUUGAGUUUUACAAGACUAGGAGGAACAAAAGGAGAUGUGAGGGUGCUUUACUCUGCACUUUAUGUUCCUGCUGGAACUUUGGAUCCCUUACGAGCAAAAGAUGGCAUCUUAAAUGUAUCCAGGGCAAAUACUCUCCUUUUUCCGGAACGAAAAACUCUCAUCACUACAAAAUUACCAAUAAGAAAUGAUGCAUUUCUUCAAAAUGGAGCUCACUUUCUAGUACAGUUGGAGACUGUGGAGUUGGUGAACAUAAUUCCCCUAAUUCCACCUGUAAGUCCUAGAUUUGGGAAAAUCCGAAAUAUUUCUUUACUCGUAACUCCAGCCAUUGCAAAUGGAGAAAUUGGCUUUAUUAGCAAUCUUCCAAUCAUUUUGCAUGAACCAGAAGAUUCUGCUACUGAAGUGGUAUGUAUUCCCUUACAUCGGGAUGGAACUGAUGGCCAGGCCACCGUCUAUUGGAGUUUGAAGCCUUCUGGCUUUAAUUCAAAAGCAGUGACCCUGGACGAUAUAGGUCCCUUCAAUGGCUCCGUUUUGUUUUUAUCUGGGCAAAGUGACACAACAAUCAACAUUACUGUCAAAGGUGAUGACAUACCGGAAAUGAAUGAAACCAUAACGCUUUCUCUAGACAGGGUUAAUGUGGAAAAUCAAGUGCUGAAAUCUGGAUAUACUAGCCGAGACCUAAUUAUUUUGGAAAAUGAUGAUCCUGGGGGAGUUUUUGAAUUUUCUCCUGCUUCCAGAGGCCCAUAUGUUAUAAAAGAAGGAGAAUCUGUAGAACUCCACAUCAUCCGAUCCAGGGGGGCUCUUGUGAAGCAGUUUCUGCACUACAGAGUAGAGCCGAGGGAGAGCAAUGAAUUCUAUGGAAACAUGGGCGUCCUCGAAUUUAAGCCUGGGGAAAGGGAGAUAGUGAUCACCUUGCUAUCAAGAUUGGACGGGAUCCCGGAGUUGGAUGAACACUAUUGUGUGGUCCUUAGCAGCCAUGGUGACCGAGAAAGCAAGCUGGGAAGCGCUACAGUUGUCAACAUAACAAUUCUAAAAAACGACGAUCCCCACGGAAUUAUAGAAUUUGUUUCUGAUGAUCUAAUCAUGAUGAUAAAUGAAAGCAAAGGAGACGAUAUCUGUAGUGCUGCUUUUGGAGUAAUAAGAAACCGAGGCAACUUUGGUGAUGUUAGUGUAUCAUGGAUGGUUAGUCCAGACUUUACUCAAGACGUAUUUCCCGUGCAAGGGAGUAUUUUCUUUGGAGAUCAGGAAUUUUCAAAAAAUAUCACCAUUUAUUCCCUUCCAGAUGAGAUUCCAGAGGAAAUGGAAGAAUUUACCAUUAUCCUGCUUAACGCCACUGGUGGAGCUAAAGUGGGAAAUAAAACAACUGCAGCUCUGAGGAUUCGACGGAAUGAUGACCCCAUUUAUUUUGCAGAACCUCGAGUAGUGAGGGUGCGGGAAGGUGAGGCGGCUAACUUCACAGUUGUCAGAAACGGAUCUGUUGAUGUCACCUGUACCGUCCAAUAUGCUACCAUGGAUGGGAAGGCUACUGCAAGAGAGGGAGACUUCGUUCCUGUUGAAAAAGGAGAAACACUUGUUUUUGAGGUCGGCGGUACAGAGCAGCGCUUAUCUGUAUUUGUUCAUGAAGAUGGUAUCCCAGAGACAGAUGAGCCUUUCUACAUAAUCCUCUUUAAUUCAACAGGUGAUACAGUAGUAUAUCAACAUGGAAUAGCUACAGUAAUAAUUGAAGCUAACGAUGACCCAAAUGGUAUUUUUUCUCUGGAGCCCAUAGACAAAGCAGUAGAAGAAGGAAAGACUAACACAUUUUGGAUUUUGAGGCACCGAGGACACUUUGGCAAUGUUUCUGUGGCUUGGCAGCUGUUUGAGAAUGAGUCUGCUUUGCAGCCUGGACAAGAGUUCUAUGAAACUUCAGGGACUGUUAGCUUCAUGGAUGGAGAAGGAGCAAAACCAAUAAUUCUGCAUGCUUUUCCAGAUCAAAUUCCUGAAUUCAAUGAAUUUUAUAUUCUAAAGCUUGUCAACAUUUCAGGUGGCUCCCCAGGGCCUGGGGGCCAACUAGCAGAAAGCAAUCUUCAGGUGACGAUAAUGAUUCCCUUCAAUGACGAUCCUUUUGGAGUUUUCAUCUUGGAUCCAGAGUGUUUAGAGAGAGAAGUGGCCGAAGAUGUCCUCUCUGAAGAUGAUCUGUCGUACAUCACCAACUUCACCAUUUUGAGGCAACAGGGUGCCUUUGGUGAUGUACGAGUGGGCUGGGAAGUCCUGUCCAGUGAGUUCACCGAUGGUUUGCCACCAAUGGUAGACUUUCUACUCCUCGGAACAUUCCCCAGCACUGUGCACUUACAACCGCACAUGCGGCGUCACCAUAGCGGAACAGACGCCUUGUACUUCAGUGGACUAGAGGGUGCGUUUGGGACUGUUAAUCCCAAAUACCAUCCCUCUAGGAAUAACACAAUUGCCAACUUUACCUUCUCAGCUUGGGUAAUGCCUAAUGCCAAUACGAAUGGAUUUGUUAUAGCAAAGGAUGAUGGCAAUGGAAGCAUCUAUUAUGGGGUAAAAAUUCAAACAAAUCAGUCCCACGUGACACUUUCCCUUCAUUACAAAACUUUGGGUUCCAAUGCUACGUACAUUGCCAAGACAACAGUCAUGAAAUAUUUGGAAGAAAGUGUUUGGCUUCAUCUCCUAAUUAUCUUGGAUGAUGGCAUAAUUGAAUUCUACCUGGAUGGAAAUGCAAUGCCCAGAGGAAUUAAAAGUCUGAAAGGAGAAGCCAUUACUGAUGGUCCUGGAAUUCUGAGAAUUGGGGCAGGAAUGAAUGGCAAUGACAGAUUUACUGGGCUAAUGCAGGACGUGAGGUCCUAUGAACGGAAACUAACCCUGGAGGAAAUUUAUGAACUUCAUGCCAUGCCUGCAAAGAGUGAUUUACACCCCAUUUCUGGCUAUCUGGAGUUCAGACAGGGAGAAACGAACAAGUCAUUCAUAGUUUCUGCAAGAGAUGACAAUGAAGAGGAGGGAGAAGAGUUAUUUAUUCUUAAACUAGUCUCUGUGUAUGGUGGAGCCCGCAUUUCUGAGGAAAAUACCACAGCAAGGUUAAUAAUACAGAAAAGUGACAAUGCCAAUGGCUUGUUCGGCUUCACGGGAGCUUGCAUACCAGAGAUUGCUGAGGAGGGCUCCACCAUUUCAUGUGUUGUGGAGAGAACCAGAGGAGCCCUGGAUUACGUGCAUGUUUUUUACACCAUCUCACAGAUCGAGUCUGACAGCAUUAAUUACCUUGUGGAUGAUUUUGCCAACGCCAGUGGAACUAUCACAUUCCUUCCUUGGCAGAGAUCAGAGGUCCUGAAUAUAUAUGUUCUUGACGAUGAUAUUCCUGAGCUUAAUGAAUAUUUCCGCGUGACGUUGGUUUCUGCGAUUCCUGGAGAUGGGAAACUGGGUUCGACCCCCACCAGUGGUGCGAGCAUAGAUCCUGAAAAGGAAACAACAGACAUCACCGUCAAAGCUAGUGAUCAUCCAUAUGGCUUGCUACAGUUCUCCAUAGGGCUGCCUCCUCAGCCCGAAGAUGCCAUGACCCUGCCCGCGAGCAGCGUUCCACAAAUCACGGUGCAAGAAGAGGAUGGAGAAGUCAGGCUAUUGGUUGUCCGUGCGCAAGGACUUCUUGGGAGAGUGACAGCAGAAUUUAGAACAGUGUCCUUGACCGCAUCCAGUCCUGAGGACUAUCAGAGUGUUGCUGGCAUGUUAGAAUUUCAACCAGGAGAAAGAUAUAAAUACAUUUCUGUCAAUAUCACUGAUAAUUCUGUCCCUGAACUGGAAAAAUCUUUUAAAGUUGAGUUAUUAAACUUGGAAGGAGGAGUGGCUGAAUUCUUUAGGGUUGAUGGCAGUGGUAGUGGUGAUGGGGACAUGGAAUUCUUUCUUCCAACUAUUCACAAGCAUGCCAGUUUAGGAGUGGCUUCCCAAAUCCUAGUGACAAUUGCUGCCUCUGACCAUGCUCACGGCAUAUUUGAAUUUAGCCCUGAGUCACUCUUUGUCAGGGGAACGGAACCAGAAGAGGGGGAUAGCACUGUUGUAUUAAAUGUUAGGAGAAGUCACGGGACUCUAUCUCGCGUCACUUUGCACUGGAGCAUAGACGCUGACCCUGAUGGUGAUCUUGCCUUCACUUCCGGCAACGUCACAUUUGAGAUCGGACAGACAAGUGCCAACAUCACAGUGGAAAUAUUGCCCGAUGAAGACCCAGAACUGGAUAAGGCGUUCUCUGUGUCAAUCCUCAGCGUCUCCAGUGGUUCUUUGGGAUUUUAUAUUAAUGCCACAUUAAUAGUUUUGGCUAGUGAUGAUCCCUAUGGGGUAUUCAUCUUUUCUGAGAAAAACAGACCUAUUGAAGUUGAGGAAGCAACCCAGAACAUCACAUUAUCAAUAUUAAGAUUGAAAGGCCUCAUGGGAACAGUCAUGGUCUCAUAUGCAACACUGGAUGAUAUGGAAAAACCACCGUAUUUUCCACCUAAUUUACCCAGAGCAGCCCAGGGUAGAGACUUUAUAUCGGCUUCUGGAUUUGCUGUUUUUGGAGCUAAUCAGAGUGAGGCAACAAUAACUAUUUCCAUUUUGGACGAUGAUGAGCCAGAAAGAUCGGAGUCUGUGCUUAUCGAACUGGUCAACUCCACUUUAAUAGAGAAAGUACAGAAUCGCCCAAUUCCAAAUUCCCCUCGCCUUGGGCCUAAGGCAGAAACCAUUGCCCAUCUAAUCAUCAUUGCCAAUGAUGAUGCAUUUGGAAUUCUUCAGCUCUCUGCGCCAGUUGUUCGGGUGGCAGAAAAUCAUGUUGGGCCCAUUGUCAACGUGACUAGGACAGGAGGAGCGUUUGCAGAUGUUUCUGUGAAGUUUAAAGCUGUGCCGAUAACCGCAAUCGCUGGUGAAGAUUACAGUAUAGCAUCAUCAGAUGUGGUCUUGCUGGAAGGGGAAACCAGCAAAGCUGUGCCAAUUUAUAUCAUCAACGACAUCUACCCUGAGCUGGAAGAAUCUUUUCUUGUGCAGUUGCUGAAUGAAACCACAGGAGGAGCCAAGCUGGGGGCUUUGACAGAGGCAGUCAUUAUUAUUGAGGCCUCCGAUGACCCCUAUGGGUUAUUUGGUUUUCAGAUUACUAAACUUAUUGUAGAGGAACCUGAGUUUAACUCAGUGAAGGUAAACCUGCCCAUAAUUCGAAAUUCUGGGACACUCGGCAAUGUUACUGUUCAGUGGGUUGCCACCAUUAAUGGACAGCUUGCUACUGGCGACCUGCGAGUUGUCUCAGGUAAUGUGACCUUUGCCCCUGGGGAAACCAUUCAAACCUUGUUGUUAGAGGUCCUGGCUGACGACGUUCCGGAGAUUGAAGAGGUUAUCCAAGUGCAACUAAUUGAUUCCUCUGGUGGAGGUACUAUUGGGUUAGAUCGAGUGGCAAGUAUUAUUAUUCCCGCCAAUGAUAACCCUUACGGUACAGUAGCCUUUGUUCAGUCGGCUUACCGUGUUCAAGAGCCUCUGGAGAGAAGUUCCUGUGCUAACAUAACAGUCAGGAGAAGCGGAGGGCUCUUUGGUCGGCUCUUGUUGUUCUACAAUACUUCCGAUAUUGAUGUAGUGACUCUGGCAGUCGAAGAAGGUCAAGAUCUGCUUUCCUACUAUGAAUCGCCAAUUCAAGGGGUACCUGACCCGCUUUGGAGGACGUGGGUGAACGUCUCUGCAGUGGGGGAACCCCGGUAUACCUGUGCCACGCUGUGCCUCAGAGAACACGCUUGUUCAGCAUUUUCAUUUUUUAGUGACUCUGAGGGUCCCCAGUGUUUUUGGAUGACAUCAUGGAUCACCCCAGCGGUCAACAGUUCAGACUUCUGGACGUACAGAAAAAACAUGACCAGGGUAGCGUCUCUUUUUAGUGGUCAGGCUGUGGCUGGUAGUGACUAUGAGCCUGUGACUCGGCAAUGGGCCAUAAUGCUGGAAGGUGACGAAUUUGCGAAUCUCACAGUUUCUAUUCUUCCUGAUGACUUCCCAGAGAUGGAUGAGAGUUUCCUAAUUUCUCUCCUUGAAGUUCAUCUCAUGAACAUCACAGCCAGUUUUAACAAUCAGCCAACCAUAGGACAGCCAAAUACUUCUACAGUUGUCAUAGCCCUAAAUGGUGACGCCUUUGGAGUGUUUGUGAUCUACAGUAUUAGUCCCAAUACCUCAGAAGAUGGCUUGUUUGUUGAAGUUCAGGAGCAGCCCCAAGGCCUGGUGGAGCUGAUGAUUCACAGGACAGGGGGCAGCUUGGGUCAGGUGACCGUUGAAUGGCGUGUUGUUGGUGGAACAGCUACUGAAGGUUUAGAUUUUAUAGGUGCUGGAGAAAUUUUGACUUUUGCUGAAGGUGAAACCAAAAAGAUAGCCCUUUUAACUAUUUUGGAUGAUUCGGAACCAGAAGACGAUGAGAGCAUCAUAGUCAGUUUGGUGUACACUGAAGGUGGAAGCAGGAUUCUGCCCAGCUCCGACACUGUUACUGUGAACAUUUUGGCCAAUGACAAUGUGGCAGGAAUUGUUAGCUUUCAGACAGCUUCCAGAUCCGUCAUAGGUCAUGAAGGAGAAAUUUUGCAAUUUCAUGUGAUAAGAACACCCCCUGGUCGAGGAAAUGUUACUGUUAAUUGGAAAAUUAUUGGACAAAACCUAGAACUCAAUUUUGCUAACUUUACUGGACAACUCUUCUUUCCUGAGGGUUCACUGAAUAAAACAAUAUUUGUGCAUUUGCUGGAUGACAACAUUCCCGAGGAGAAAGAAGUAUACCAAGUCAUUCUGUCUGAUGUCAGGACUCAAGUCCUGACGGUAGAAGCCAGUGAUGAGCCACAUGGAGUCUUAAACUUUGCUCUUUCAUCAAGAUUUGUUUUAGUCCAAGAGGCUAACACAAUGGUUCAGCUCUUCAUCAACAGAGAAUUUGGAUCUCUAGGAGCUAUCAAUGUCUCAUAUGCCACGGUUCCAGGAGUGUUGAGUCUGAAGAACCACACAGAAGGAAACCUAGCAGAGCCGGAAGUUGAUUUUGUCCCACUAGUUGGCUUUCUGAUUUUAGAAGAAGGGGAGACAGCAGCAGCCAUCAACGUCACUAUACUUGAGGAUGAUGUGCCAGAGCUAGAAGAAUAUUUCCUGGUGAAUUUAACUUACGUUGCCCUUAUCAUGGCUCCUUUAACUUCGUUUCCUCCCAGACUAGAUUCAGAAGGCUUGACUGCACAAAUCACGAUCGAUGCCAAUGAUGGUGCCCGUGGGGUGAUUGAAUGGCAGCAGAGCAGGUUUGCUGUAAAUGAAACUCAUGGACGUUUAACGUUGCUAGCCCAGAGGAGCAGAGAGGCUCUAGGCCACGUUUCCCUGUUUGUGUAUGCCCAGAAUUUGGAAGCACAGCUGGGGCUGGAUUACCUCUUCACCCCCAUGAUUCUUCAUUUUGCUGAUGGACAAAGGUAUAAAGAUGUUGACAUUCUCAUUCUUGAUGAUGACUUUCCAGAAGGAGAUGAAAAAUUUCAGCUGAUUUUAACAAAUCCUUCUCCUGGACUAGAGUUGGGAGAAAAUACAAUAGCCUUAAUUACUGUCCUGGCGAAUGAUGAUGGCCCUGGAGUUCUAUCUUUCAAUAACAGUGAGCACUUUUUCCUGAGAGAACCCAGCGCUCUGCACAUACAGGAGAGUGUCGCAGUACUACAUGUCAUUCGGGAGCCUGCACAAGGACUGUUUGGGACUGUGACAGUUCAGUUUGUGGUGACAGAAGUGAAUUCUUCAGCAGAGGCCAAAGAUCUGACACCCUCCAGGGGUUAUAUUGUUUUUGAAGAAGGUGUUCGAUUCAAGGCCCUACACAUAUCUGCCAUAUUAGACACAGAACCAGAAAUGGAUGAACAUUUUGUUUGCACCUUGUUUAAUCCAACUGGAGGUGCUAGACUAGGGGUGCAUGUUCAAACUCUGAUAACUGUUUUGCAAAACCAGGCCCCUUUGGGGCUCUUCAGUAUCUCUGCACUUGAAAAUAGAGCCACAUCUGUAGACAUCGAAGAAGCCAACAGGACUGUGUAUUUAAAUGUGUCUCGUACUAAUGGCAUCGAUUUAGCUGUGAGUGUGCAGUGGGAAACAGUGUCUGAAACAGCGUUUGGCAUGAGGGGAAUGGAUGUUGUAUUUUCCAUAUUUCAAAGUUUUUUUAAUGAAUCAGCUUCUGGCUGGUGUUUUUUUACUUUGGAAGAUUCAAUAUUUGGUAUAAUGUUAAGAAAAUCGUCUUUUACUGUUUACCGGUGGCAAGGGAUUUUUAUUCCAGUUGAGGAUUUAACAAUGGAAAAUCCUAAAUCUUGUGAGUCCUUUUAUAUCGGUCAUUCCCCCUACUUUGUGAUUACUCAUGAAGACAGAAAUGAAGAAAAGCCUUCUGUUAACAGUGUGUAUACAUUUACAUCUGGAUUCGAAUUAGUCCUGGUACAAACAAUUGUUAUUCUGGAAAGUUCUCAAGUAAGAUACUUUACUUCAGACGGUCAAGAUUAUGUAAUUGUUGCAAGUCAAAGGGAUGAUUCAGAACUAACUCAGGUCUUCAGGUGGAAUGGAACAAGCUUCGUGUCUCAUCAAAAACUCCCUGUCCGAGGUGUGCUGACCAUGGCACUGUUCAACAGAGGAGGCUUCGUGUUCUUAGCCAUUUCCCAGGCUAACACCAGGCUGAAUUCCCGUUUAUUCAGAUGGUCUGGCAAUGAGUUUGUGAACUUUCAAGACGUUUUGGUCAGUGGGACUACACAAGUUGAGGCUUUGACUUCAGGCGAUGAUAUUUACUUAAUUUUUGCCAAAAAUAUUUUUCUAGGAAAUAAGAAUUCAAUUGAUAUUUUCAUCUGGGAGACAAGACAGUCUUCUUUCAGAUAUUUUCAGUCCCUGGAUUUUGCUGCUGUUAAUGGGAUCCACUCCUUCACACCAGCCUCAGGAAUAGUCCACGUACUUCUGGUUGGCCAAGAUGUAUCUGUGCUUUACUGCUGGGAUUCGAAGCUGAAUCAGUUCUCUUUUGUUCUGGAAGCACCUUCUGCUCGUAAUGCAGCUUCUGUUGCAGUCAAGUCCCUUAAUUCAAGCAAGAAUUUCAUUGCUUUAGCAGAAGCUGCCCACUCACAUAUAUAUGAGCUGGUCUACAUCUCCAGCCAGUCCGACUUUAUUCCGAGUUCAGGUGAAUUGAUAUUUGGACCUGGUGACAGAGAAGCAAUAAUAGCAGUAAAUAUCCUUGAUGAUAUAGUUCCAGAGGAAAAUGAAUCCUUCAAAGUUCAGCUUAAAAAUCCCAAAGGAGGCGCAGAGAUUGGUCUUAACAGCUAUGUGAAAAUAACUAUUCUGUCUAAUGAUAAUGCCUAUGGAGUGAUUGCGUUUGCUCAGAAUUCAUUAUUUAAGCAAGUGGAAGAAAUGGACCAAGAUAAUCUAGUAACUUUGAAUGUUGAGCGCUUGAAAGGAACAUACGGUCGUAUAACUGUAGCGUGGGAAGCUGAUGGAAGUAUUAGUGAUAUAUUUCCUACCUCUGGAGUGAUUUCAUUUACUGAGGGCCAGGCACUGUCUACAAUCACUCUGACUGUUCUUGCUGAUGAUCUCCCGGAGUUAUCAGAGGUUGUGGUCGUAUCCCUCACCCGUGUUACCACAGACGGGGUUGAGGACCCGUCCAAAGGUGCUUCUAUUGAUCAGAAGAGAAACAAGUCUGUGAUCACUACUCUGCCCAGUGACUCGCCCCAUGGCUUGGUGGGCUGGCAUGUUGAAUCUCUGUUCAUCAGCGUAGCAGAGCCUAAAGAGAACAUCACCAUUCUUCAGUUACAAAUUGUUCGCGAUAAAGGACUACUUGGGGACAUUGCCAUUCACUUGAUAGCUAAACCCAAUUCCUUAUUGCAUGCCAAUAAUCAAGCUACUGAGGGUGAAGAUUAUGUGCUGCAAGAAACAAUAAUAAUAAUGAAAGAAAACAUAAAAGAAACUCAUGCUAAGGUUGCCAUUUUGCCGGAUGAUGUUCCUGAGCUGGAGGAAGGAUUUAUUGUCUCUAUCACUGAGGUGAACCUGGUGAAAUCAGACUUCUCCUCAGGACAGCCAAGUAUGAGGAAGCCCGGAAUGGAAAACGCUGAGAUCAUGAUUGAAGAAAAUGAUGAUCCCAGAGGAAUUUUUAUGUUUCGUGUUACCAGAGAUGUCGGUGGAGUUAUUACUGCCUAUGAGGUGCCGCCGCACUUAAACGUUCUUCAGGUGCCUGUCGUCCGGCUGGCUGGAAGCUUUGGAGCGGUACAUGUUUACUGGAAAGCGACCCCAGGCAGUGCUGGCCUGGAAGACUUUAAGCCGUCUUAUGGGAUUCUUGAAUUUGCAGAUGGACAAGCCACUGCCAUGGUGGAACUCACCAUAAUUGAUGACACUGAGUUCGAACUCAUGGAAAUGUUUAAUAUUUCCUUAAUUGGCGUGUCUGGAGGUGCCAGCCUUGGCGAUGAUGUUGUGGUGACUGUUGUUAUUCCACAAAAUGACUCUCCGUUUGGAGUAUUUGGAUUUGAAGAAAAGACUGUAAUGGUUGAUGAAUCCCUUUUGUCUGAUGACCCUGAUUCGUAUGUGACAUUGACAGUCGUCCGAUCCCCUGGAGGAAAGGGAGCCGUCCAACUUAAAUGGACUUUAGAAGAGAAGGCUAAAGAUGAUCUCAGUCCUUUGAGUGGGACACUUCAUUUUGAUGAGAAUGAGUCCCAGAAGACCAUUGUCUUGCAUCCACUCCAAGAUACCGUGUUGGACGAAUACAGGCGUUUCACCAUUCAACUGCAAUCAAUUGAUGAGGUAGAAAUAUCUCCAGUAAGAGGCAGUGCGUCUAUAAUCAUUCGGGGAGAUAAAGGUGCCUCGGGAGAAGUUGGGGUAGCUCCGUCAUCCAGACACGUCUUCAUCGGGGAGCCCUCUGCAGGAUACAAUGGCACUGCCAUCAUUAGCCUUGUUCGUGGCCCAGGGAUUUUGGGGGAGAUCACAGUCUUUUGGAGGCUCUUCCCUCCUUCCGUAGGGGAAUUCGCUGAGACAUCGGGAAAACUGACAAUGAGAGACGGGCAGUCUGCGGCCAUUGUCGUGAUCCAGGCUUUGAAUGAUGACAUUCCCGAGGAAAAGCGUCUCUAUGAGUUCCGGCUCACUGCGGUCAGCGAGGGCGGGGUGCUGAGCGCGUCCAGCAGCACCGCCAACGUCACCAUGGUGGCCAGUGACUCUCCCUAUGGCCGCUUUGCCUUCUCACAUGAGCAGCUUCGCGUGUCAGAGGAGGCACAGAGGGUUAACAUCACGGUCAUCCGCUCAGGUGGACAUUUUGGCCUCGUGAGACUCUGGUAUGAGACUGUGAGUGGGACGGCGGAGGCUGGCCUGGACUUUGUUCCUGUGGUUGGGGAGCUCCUCUUUGAAGCGAGGGAGACAGUGAAAAGUCUCCAUGUUGAAAUCCUUGAUGAUCAUCAUCCUGAAGGCCCUGAGGAAUUUUCUCUCACAAUUACAAAGGUGGAACUCCAGGGAAGAGGGUAUGAUUUUACCAUACAAGAAAACGGACUUCAGAUAGAUCAACCUCCCGAAAUAGGAAACAUCUCCAUCCUGCGAAUUACUAUAAUGAAAAAUGAUAAUGCAGAAGGCAUCAUUGAAUUUGACCCAAAAUAUACUGCCUUUGAAGUGGAGGAGGACGUUGGGGUGGUCAUGAUUCCAGUGGUGAGGCUGCAUGGAACCUACGGCAAGGUGACAGCCGACUUCAUCACCCAGAGCUCCUCUGCCAUCCCGGGAGGUGUGGACUUUGUGCUUCAUGGCAGUUCAGUCCUCUUCCAGCAUGGGCAGAACCUGAGUUUUAUAAAUGUCUCCAUCAUCGAUGACAGUGAAAGUGAAUUUGAAGAGGCCAUUGAAAUUCUGCUCACUGGAGCUACCGGUGGAGCGGUCCUUGGGCGCCACCUAGUGAGCAGACUCACGAUCGCCCAGAGUGACUCUCCCUUUGGAGUUGUAAGAUUUCUCAAUCAAAGCAACGUUUCUGUUCCUAACCCCAAUUCCACAAUGACUUUAUCCUUGGCGCUGGAGCGAACUGGAGGACUCUUGGGAGAGAUCCAGGUUAACUGGGAGAUAGCAGGACCCAAUUCUCAGGAAGUCUUACCACCCCAGAACAGAGACAUUGCAGACCCCGUGAAUGGGUCCUUCUAUUUUGGAGAAGGAGAAGGUGGAGUGAGAACCAUCGUUCUGACAAUCUAUCCUCAUGAAGAAAUGGAGGUUGAAGAGACUUUCAUUAUUAAACUUAAACUUGUGAAAGGAGAAGCUAAAUUAGACUCCAGAGCUAAAAGUGUUACAUUAACAAUACACAAGUUUGGGAAUCCAAACGGAAUUGUUCAGUUUGCUCCUGAGUCUUUAUCGAAAAAGACCUAUUCGGAGCCAUCAGCUUUGGAAGGGACCCUGAUCAUUACUUUCUUUGUCAAAAGAGUGAUGGGCUCUUUUGGAGACAUCAUGGUUUACUGGAAAUUGAGUAGUGAGUUUAAUAUCACUGGAGACUUCCUUUCCACAAGUGGAUUUUUGGCCAUUGCUGAUGGAGAGAGUGAAGCAAGUUUUGAUGUGCAUUUGCUACCGGAUGAUAUGCCUGAGAUAGAGGAAGAUUAUAUGGUCCAGCUUGUUUCUGUGAAGGGAGGAGCAGACCUAGAUCCAGAAAAAUGCAUCACAUGGUUCUCUGUUUCUGCAAAUGAUGAGCCACAUGGAGUGUUUGCUCUGUAUUCAGAUCACCAGUCAAUCCUUAUAGGGCAGAACCUUAUGAGAUCCAUCCAAAUUAACAUAACCCGGCUUGCUGGAACAUUCGGAGAUGUGGCUGUUGGAUUUCGAAUACUGUUUGAUCAUAAAGAACGACCGAUGGUUACUGAAAACGCAGAGAGGGAGCUGGUGGUCAAAGAUGGUGCCAGAUACGAAGUUGACACAGUGCCAAUAAAAAAUGAGGUCUUUCUGUCACUGGGCUCUAAUUUCACUGUGCAGCUGGUAACCGUGAGGCUCAUUGGUGGACGUUUCUUUGGAAUGCCAGCAAUUCUCCAGGAGGCUAAAUCCGCUGUCCUUCCUGUCCCUGAGAAAGCUGCCAACUCUCAGGUCGGGUUUGAAUCCACUGCUUUUCCACUCAUGGACAUCACUGCUGGCACGAGCCUAGUUACGAUUUCUAGAAGAGGCACGUUCGGCCCUCUCUCUGUUGUCUGGACGGCUGGAUAUGCUCCUGGAUUAGAGAUUCCUGAGUUCAUCGUGGUUGGCAACAUGACCCCAACGCUGGGAAGCGUCUCAUUUUCCCACGGUGAACAGAAGGAAGGAGUGUCACUGCGGACCUUCCCCAGCCCUGGCCGGCCAGAGGCCUUUGUGGUCCACCUAUCAGGGGUGCAGAGCAGUGCCCCGGGGGGAGCGCAACUCCGAUCAGGUUUCACUGUUGCUGAAAUUGAACCAAUGGGAGUCUUCCAAUUUUCUCCUAGUUCAAGAAAUAUCAUAGUGUCAGAAGAUUCACAGAUGAUCAAAUUACAUGUACAAAGAUUAUUUGGGUUUCACAGUGACCUUAUCAAAGUUUCCUAUCAGACAACUGCAGGAAGCGCCACACCACUGGAAGACUUUGAGCCUAUUCAGAAUGGGGAACUAUUUUUUCAAAAAUUCCAAGCUGAGGUUGAUUUUGAAAUAACCAUCGUUAAUGAUCAGCUUCCUGAGGUGGAAGAAUUGUUUUACGUUAAUCUUACUUCAGUAGAAAUUACAAGAUUACAACAGUUUGAUGCUGAUUGGAGACCACGCCUGAAUCUAGACUUCAGUGUUGCAGUGAUCACAAUAUUAGACAAUGAUGACCUGGCAGAUACGGAUGUUUCUUUUCCCACAACAACUAUGGCUGUAGCAGUUGACACAGCUCUCACUCCUGUGGAAACUGACUCUACCACACACCCUGGCACAAGCCCGAUAACUGCCACUGUGCGGCCAACCGAAAUGGUUGCCAUUGUGACUGAGGCAACUGACAUAUCUGCCUUCCCUGAGACACUUGUCACCCUUCAUGAUACAACUGCCAUGGCUGAGAAGCCAGAUGUGGCCACUGUAACCGUCAGUGUUUCUAUUCAUGGAACAUUUAGUCUUGGGCCAUCCAUUAUUUAUGUUGAAGAGGAGAUGAAGAAUGGUACAUUCAAUAUGGCAGACAUUCUUAUUCGAAGGACUGGUGGACUUACUGGCAAUGUCAGUGUAACGGUUAAAACUUAUGGUCAAAGAUGUGCUCAGGAGGAACCCAAUACCUUGCCCUUUCAUGAUAUCUAUGAAAUUUCUAACCUAACAUGGGCAAUUGAGGAAGAAGAUUUUGAAGAACAAACUCUUAUCCUUACAUUUCUUGAGGGAGAAAGUGAACGUAAAGUGUCAAUUCAAAUUUUGGAUGACGAUGAGCCGGAGGGGCAGGAAUUCUUCUACGUGUUUCUUACGGACCCUCAAGGGGGAGCUGAGAUUGUGAAGGGCAAGGAUGACACUGAAUUUGCAUCUUUUGCCAUGAUCAUUAUUACAGGGAGUGAUCUUCAUAAUGGCAUCAUAGGAUUUAGUGAAGAGUCCCAGCGUGGCCUAGAACUCGGAGAAGAAGCUGAUAGGAGAAAACUGCAUCUCAUUGUCACAAGGCAGCACAACAGGGCCUUCGAAGAUGUCAAGAUCUUUUGGCGAGUCACACUUAACGAAACCGGUGCUGUUCUCCAGAAGGAUGGUGUCAACCUGGCAGAUGAACUCCAGUCAGUGUCAGGAACCACUGUCUGCAUAGCGGGUCACACGACGUGCUUUAUCAACAUUGAACUCAAACCAGAGAGGAUACCUCACGUUGAAGUGUAUUUCUUUGUGGAACUCUAUGAAGUAGGUGCCGGAGCAGCACUUAACAACAGUGCCAGACUGGCACAGGUUAAAGUCUCACAGAGGAAUGAACCUCAAAGCCUUGUGUACUUUUCUGUGGGUUCUCGGCUGGCUGUGGCUCAUAAGAAGGCCACUUUGAUCAGUUUGCAAGUGGCCAGAGAUUCUGGGACAGGACUAAUGAUGUCUGUUAACUUCAGUACUCAGGAGUUGAGAAGUGCUGAAACCAUUGGCCGUACUCUCAUGUCUCCAGCUAUUUCUGGGAAGGAUUUCGUGAGAACCGAAGGCAUGUUGGUCUUUGAACCUGGCCAGAGAAACACUGUUGUGGAUGUCAUCCUAACUCCAGAGACGGGGUCUUUAAAUCCAUUUCCUAAACGCUUCCAGAUUGUGCUCUUUGCCCCAGAAGGUGGUGCCAGAAUUGAUAAAGUGUAUGGGACCGCCAAUAUCACUCUUGUCUCCGAUGCAGAUUCGCAGGCCGUUUGGGGCCUUGCCGAUCAGCUCCACCAGCCCCUGGAUGAUGGCAUCCUCAGCAGAGUCCUCCACAGCAUCCACAUGAAAGUGGCCACAGAAAACACGGAUGAGCAACUCAGCGCUGUGGUGCAUUUAGUAGAAAAGGUAACUGUUGAAGGAAGAAAUCAAGCUUUCAGUACUGAAAACCGAAGUCUUUUCUAUGAGAUUCUUUGUACUCUUAUUAACCCAAAGCGCAAAGAUACCAAGGGAUUCAGCCACUUUACUGAGGUGACUGAGAAUUUUGCCUUUUCUCUGCUGACCGAUGUUACGUGUGGUUCUCCUGGUGAAAAAAGCAAAACCAUCCUGGACAGUUGCCCAUAUUUGUCAAUUCUGGCUCUUCACUGGUAUCCGCAGCAAAUCAAUGGGCACAAGUUUGAAGGCAAGGAAGGCGAUUAUAUUCGAAUUCCAGAAAAGUUAUUGGAUGUCCCAGAUGCGGAAAUAAUGACUGGGAAAAGUAUAUGCAAAUUAGUCCAGUUUACAGAAUAUAGCAGCCAGCAGUGGUUUGUGUCUGAAAACAAUCUUCCUGCCCUAAAAAAUAAGGUAUUGUCUGUGAGUGUGAAAGGUCAGAGUUCACAACUCUUGACUAGCAACAAUGAGAUUCUCUACAGGAUUUAUGCUGCUCAGCCUAGAAUUGUUCCUCAGACAGCCCUCUGUCUCCUUUGGAAUCAGGCUGCUGAAAGCUGGUUGUCUGACAGUCAGUUUUGCAAAGUGGUUGAGGACACCUCAGACUACGUGGAAUGUGCCUGUUCACACAUGUCUGUGUAUGCUGCCUAUGCUCAGACUGACAACUUGUCUUCAUACAAUGAAGCCUUUUUCUCUUCUGGAUUUAUAUGUAUCUCCGGUCUUUUCUUGGCUGUUCUUUCCCAUAUCUUCUGUGCCAGGUACUCCAUGUUCGCCGCUAAACUUCUGACUCACAUGAUGGCAGCCAGCUUAGGUACACAGGUUUUGUUUCUGGCAUCGGCUUAUGCAAGUUCCCAACUCACCAAGGAGAGCUGUUCGGCCAUGGCUGCUGUCAUGCAUUACCUGUAUCUGUGCCAGUUUAGCUGGAUGCUCAUUCAGUCUGUGAACUUCUGGUAUGUGCUGGUGAUGAAUGAUGAACACACAGAGAGGAGAUACUUGCUGUUUUUCUUUCUGAGUUGGGGACUUCCAGCUUUCGUGGUGAUUCUCCUCAUCAUUAUUUUGAGAGGCAUCUAUCAUCAGAGCAUGCCGCAGAUCUAUGGACUCAUCCACGGUGAUCUGUGUUUCAUCCCAAACAUCUAUGCAGCUCUGUUUACUGCAGCUCUCGUUCCUUUGAUGUGCCUUGUGGUGGUGUGUGUGGUGUUCACUCACGCCUACCAGGUGAAGCCACAGUGGAAAGCAUAUGAUGAUGUCUUCAGAGGAAGAACAAAUGCCGCAGAAGUUCCACUGAUUUUAUAUCUCUUUGCCCUGAUUUCAAUGACAUGGCUUUGGGGAGGACUGCACUUGGCCUACAGACACUUCUGGAUGUUGGUUCUCUUUGUCAUUUUCAACAGUCUGCAGGGACUCUACGUUUUUGUGGUUUAUUUCAUUUUACAUAACCAAACGUGUUGCCCGAUGAAGGCCAGUUACACAGUGGAAAUGAACGGGCAUCCGGGACCCAGCACAGCUUUCUUCACUCCCGGGAGUGGGAUGCCUCCUGCGGGAGGGGAGAUGAGCAAGUCCACCCAGAAUCUCAUCAGCGCCAUGGAAGAGGUGCCACCUGACUGGGAGAGAGCAUCCUUUCAACAAGCCAGUCAGGCCAGUCCUGACUUAAAGCCAAGUCCGCAAAAUGGAGCCACAUUCUCUUCCCCUGGAGGAUACGGCCAGGGGUCGCUGAUAGCUGAUGAGGAGUCCCAGGAGUUUGAUGACUUGAUAUUUGCAUUAAAAACUGGUGCUGGUCUCAGCGUCAGUGAUAAUGAAUCUGGUCAAGGCAGCCAGGAAGGAGGCACCUUGACUGACUCUCAGAUCGUAGAACUCAGAAGGAUACCCAUCGCUGACACCCACCUCUAGCAUCUUACUAACCAUUAGAACGAGGGUACUUCAGUAUUUGUGUUGACGUUUAUACUAAAGUCCUAAGUGCAUGCAGCAGUGUAGUCAGCUGUGGACUGGACUUGAUGGUUAACACAGAAGCGAGCGCCGUAUUUGGAAUAUAAAGUACUUAUCUUUGUGUAACCUGAAUAUUCAGUGCUCUAAUGAAAGCCUGACUCAAUUUAAAUGGAAUGUACAUAUUCCAUGAAUAGUAGUUUGUUUUUUUUAAUAAUCCCAUGUGGCUAACAUUGUUUAAUGAAAGUAAUGAUCAAUAAAAGCAAUAGAAUCGAUGUGGUGUCACUCAGGCUCAUUGUUUAUAAAGAAAUGUUCAUGGGCCAAAAAAAGCAAAUUCUCUAUCUGGCCGUUGUCUUCCAGCA